AUGGCGUAUUUCGCAUCAACCCCACCACCGAGCGAUUACAUAAAAGACGACCCACGCAUGUUCUUUUCAUACCACCCGGAACACACCACCUUCCAAUCUGGGUACCUUGGAGUAAGUCCCACCACCAUAUCCGGAACACUUCACGUUCGAUUCCCAGAAGCUGUUGAGGCGAAAAACAUCAUACUAAAAUUUGUGGGUCGGGAGGCGGUUGAAUGGGUGGACCUGAAAAAGGUACGCGCGGAAAAAAUCAUCAUUGACAAGAGUAUUUAUCUGUGGCAGUCGAAAACGGAGGUCGGACACGAGUUGAUUACGGAUUUGGAUUUACCAUUUGAGUUUGAUGUUCCGAAUAAUGCUUACGAGUCUUUUAGCGCGGAUUUUGGCGAUGUGAUGUACACGUUGCGUGCGACUGUUAAUCGUAAACCAAAGAAGAAGAAAACCUGGUGUGAAGUAGCUGUGCCAAUCUUGCGAUGGACUAUUCCAGAUGAAGAAGAUUUGAAACCGCUGUUGAUCAAAUCACAUGCAAGACCACGUAAAGUUCCAUUAUCAUGGCAGGCUAUUCUCCCACAAACAUUCUUUGAUGUCAAUAAAGACAUGUUGAUCAAACUACGACUUACAGCGCACAAUCCAACACUUCGAAUCAAGAAAAUCAGUGCAUAUCUAAAAACUUACGUAAACUACAAGGUGGAUGAUCGUGCAGUGAGUCCGGCGAAUUCCGACACACGAUACUCGAAACAUGAAAUCUACGGAAAGGAUAUCAUGAUGACGCCGAUGGGUCCAGACACGAUAUUUGAAGCGAAUGUCGUGGUCAAGAUUCCAGGCAAUGUUCCUCCCACCUGCCAAACAAAGUAUAUCACGGUCAAGAAUGAGAUACAGAUUAAGGUUACAUUUGAGCGAUCGAGUCACCAUGUGCUUAUUAUACGGGAAAUUCUUGUGGGAAGAAAUUUAUUGGUAGAUCGUGCCGCGGCUACCGUAAGAAGUUCUUUGAAUUUCUCGGAUAUUUUGCCGAGCAUACCAAUGGAAAAUUAA